CUUCGCAAUUUCAAUCCUGCUGCGCUUCUCGAAUCUCGAGCACUCCACUCACUGAGCACCUUAAACAACUCGAAUAGAAAAUGUCGGUUUCGCCGCCGAUCCAAAUCGGAAUCAUUGGGUGCGCCGAAAUCGCCCGAAAGGUUGCACGGGCCAUCAAUCUAUCACAGAGCGCCACCCUUCACGCCGUCGGCAGCCGCAGUCUCGAAAAGGCCAAGAAAUUUGCCGCCGAGAAUGGUUUCCCGGCUUCCGCUAAGGUGUACGGCAGUUACGAAGCCGUUCUUGAUGACCCGGAUGUCGACGCCGUCUAUAUGCCCCUCCCGACGGCUCUGCACGCCAAGUGGGCUGUCUUGGCUGCCCAGAAGCGGAAACACUUGCUGCUCGAGAAGCCCGUGGCGCUGAAUUCCAAGGAAUUCGAUACGAUUUUGGAAGCAUUCGAAUCCAAUGGGUUGCAACUUAUGGACGCUACCAUGUGGAUGCACCACCCUCGCACCGCUAAGAUGAAGGAAUUCAUCUCUAAUCCGGACCUGUUCGGUGAACUCAAAUCGGUGCACAGUCAUUUCACAUUUGCUGCUGAUCCAGACUUUCUUGAAAAUGACAUUCGUGUGAAGCCAGACCUUGAUGCUCUGGGUGCUCUUGGCGAUGUUGGGUGGUAUUGCAUCAGGUCCAUUUUGUGGGCAGCUGAUUUUAAGAUGCCCAAAUCUGUAAUUGCUUUGAGGAACCCUGUGUUCAACAAAUCUGGGGUCAUUAUGGCUUGUGGUGCUUCUUUAUAUUGGGAAGAUGGGAAACUGGCAACUUUCCAGUGCUCCUUUUUGUCAAACAUGACAAUGGAUGUCACUGCUAUUGGAACUAAUGGCACUCUGUAUCUUCAUGGUUUUGUGAUCCCAUAUGAUGAGAAAAAGGCUUCUUAUAUGACUGGCACAAAAUCUGGAUUUACUGAGUUUGUGACAGAAUGGGAUCCAAAGCCUAGUGAGCACAUUGUCACAACAGACAUUCCCCAGGAAGUUCUGAUGGUUGAGGAGUUUUCGAGUUUAGUUGCGAGUAUUAAAAAGGAUGGCUCAAAACCAGAGAAAAAGUGGCCAACCUUUAGUAGGAAAACUCAGCUAGUUUUGGACGCUGUCAAGACAUCGAUUGAGAAAGGCUUUGAGCCCGUAGAGAUUGUGAGUUAAGUGUCCAUGUGACUAUUGUGUGAACAUAUUUAUGUUGCAAAUGGUAUUGCAGCUUAUAAUGUAGUGCUAUUCGGCUUGAAUAAGCAGUUUAUGUGCUGUACCGUUCUGUACUCAAUGUUUGUGUUUUAAGAUUGUUGAUAAAAUCCUUGCCAAAAGCCCAAUUGAAAAUGGGAUUCUAAGUA